GCCUAGAUUCCCUCCAUCUCAAAGAUUAGCAAUUGAGAGAGAAUGUGAACGACAUGAAUCUCCAACAUCAACCCCAAAACGGCGUCGUUUUGCCUCCACUUUCAUCGUUCGUGUGCGACUGGGAACAAGACGAGCCUUUCUCAGAGGAAGACCUUCGCGCCAUCGAAGCCAUCGAAUCCCGCUUUUACAACAACAAGCGCCCUUUCUCCAAUUCCUCCGCCGCUAAAGACGACGGCGACGACGCAUCUCCCGAUAACUCUGCUCGUCGGAGCCACCGCCGCCGCCGAUUGCCGAGAUCACUUGUCGCUCUUCAGCACCCUAAUGCACUUUCGUUGUCACCUUGCCAAGGCUACUCAAGGAUGCGGUUGCCUGUAAUAAAGUUUGCUGGCCAAAUUAUGUAUAGUAGGACGUUUGCUGAUGUAGAGAAAUCUGCAGAAAAGCUAUUGAAAAUUCUUGAAGAAAAGAAAAGACAGAUGGUGCAAAUUCCACUUGGAUUUGACAUUGAGUGGAAACCUAGCUUCAGAAGCGGUGUUCCACCUGGGAAAGUAGCAGUGAUGCAGAUAUGUCAUGGCACUAGCCAUUGUCAUGUUCUACAUCUAAUUCAUUCUGGAAUCCCUAAAAAUCUACAGAUCCUGCUUGAAGAUCCUUUAAUUUUGAAGGUUGGAGCUGGGAUUCGUGGCGAUGCUGCGAAGGUUUUUAGAGACUAUAAAAUAUCUGUUAAAGGUUUGGAAGAUCUUUCUUUUCAUGCUAAUAAAAAGCUAGGCGGAAGUCCACAUCACUGGGGUCUUGCAUCUUUGGCUGAAAAGCUUUUAUCCAAACAGCUUAAAAAGCCAAACAAAAUAAGACUGGGGAAUUGGGAGACUCCUGUUUUGUCAAAGGAGCAAUUAGAGUAUGCAGCCACAGAUGCAUUUGCUUCCUGGCAUCUCUUUCAGGCUAUUAAAGAUCUUCCAGAGGCCCAAGUGGAAAGUACUGACAAAAGUGGCAAAGUGGAAGAUGUACCGCAACAAUGACUAUAUCUCCAACUCUGUGUAAUGAAUUUCCUUUCGUUUAUUCUAAUCAUAAAUCUCUUCUAUUCUUUUUCAGUAUUUGUAUUUAUAUUUAUGUAUGUGUAGUUGUGUACUAAAUGUCUGUUUAUUAUUGUGAAUGCCCCAAGAAAUCAAACUGCUUAGAAGUUAGAACUAAUUGCAUAAUUUAUUUUAGUCAGAUUAUGAAAAU